CAAAGCAACCCUUCAAAAUGAUAACGUAACGUAAAAUAAAUGGAAAAAACAGAUAAAUACAAUACACAAAGAGGAACGGAAGACGAGCGUUAAUUUUGAAUUGUCUUGGUGUCCGCCUGUAGGCAGCGCAGUGCUGAAAUGUUGCCCAUCCGUUGUCUGCGGCUGCUGCCCGGUGGCGCGGUUCGGCUGCCUCCGCUGCUCGCCAAACAAAUCGAUGUACCUGUCGCCCAACAACGUUCCUUUACAGCACUCUCCAGAGUGGUCCGUGUGCGAGUGGCUGCUGAUGUAAUCGCUGGAAGCGCAUGUGGCCGACGGCUGAUAAGUGGCAAGACGGGCGAGCCACUGACACUGCUGCUCCAUCGCUGGUCGAAGCUGGCAUGGAGCAACAUGUUCGGCAAGUAUCUGCUGGUCACGAAUGUGCUGGGCUCCGGCCUGCUUAUGGUCGUGGGCGAUGUGGUUGCCCAGGAGUACGAGUAUCGCAGGGGAUUGCGCCGGCAGGAUCGUUACGACACGGAUCGCAUGCUGCGCAUGUUUGUGGCUGGGGCGCUGCAGGGACCGCUGCACCACUACGUCUACAACUGGAUGGAUCGCAUUAUGCCGGCGAGGACAAUGACAAAUAUUGCCAAGAAGAUACUCAUCGAUCAGUUGGUGAUGUCGCCCGCCUGCAUUUUCAUAUUCUUCUACUCUGUGUGCUAUCUGGAGGGUCAGACGCUCGAGUGCACAAACAAGGAGCUGAUUGGGAAGUUUCCCUACAUCUACCUGCUGGACUGGAUGACCUGGCCGGCGGCACAGUACAUCAACUUUCGUUACCUGGACACCAAAUAUCGCGUUACGUUCGUGAACAUCUGCACGGCCGUGUACAAUGUGCUAAUUUCCUACAUGAAGCAUGACUUUGGCAUACACCUGCCGCUGGAGCAUGAAACGCAACCAUCAUUCGUCGAAUCACUCAGUCAGGGCUUAAGACAGCCAACAGCAGAAGGCCCAACAAAGUCGGAAACAGACAAAAGCACAGCGAAAACAACGCACUAAUCUUACUCAACUUAGGAGCUACUUUUUUGUGAUAUUGAUAAAACGGAAACACUAAAUUCUUAAGUCAACGCCGA